AUGAUUUUACAAGCUACCCGAAGCCGCAUAAGGUUUCCGCGACUUCCCAGCACAACGAACCGACUCAGUCCCCGUCGCUCUCUCAUCCCCGCCCCAGCGGCCAACUCUGGUCCCAUAACGGAACGGCGAGCAGACCGUCAGCUUCCCAAUAUCAACUCUGAAGGGCGACGAUGGCUUCGGACCUUACCAGUUUUCGCGGUCGUGGUGGGCGCCGCCAUGCUGGGCAUCUUCAACUACCAAAAGUCCUCAUCGAGUGUCGUGAGCAGCACACUGUAUGCUCUGCGCACGUCGCCGCGUGCGCGCGAGAUAUUGGGUGAUGAGAUCUAUUUUGCGCAGAAGAUACCUUGGAUUAGCGGCGAGAUGAACCAGCUGCAUGGCCGGAUCGAUAUCUCGUUUUGGGUGAAAGGGACGAAAUCGCAGGGGAAAAUGAGGUUUAAGAGUAUUAGACCGGACCGGAUGAGUUUUUUCCGCACUGAGGAAUGGAGUUUGGAGACAACGGAUGGAACUGUGAUCCAACUUCUUGAAAACAACCAUGACCCGUUCCGUCAAGAAUAG